AUGGCCGGUGCCUCAAAUGGUAGUUUUAACAUCUUUCCGGGGGACUUAACAAUCGUUUUAGUUGGUAGCACGGGAAGUGGAAAAAGUGCGACAGGAAAUUCGAUCCUUGGAAAAAAAAAUGCAUUCAAGUCAGUCGCUGGCUUUGGCCGCGUGACAAGUACUACUGAGAGAAAAGCAACCGUGUUAGAAGAUGGUAAGAGAGUUCUCAACGUGAUUGAUACGCCAGGCUUGUUCGAUGGAACUAGUAACCGUGAAGAUAUUGAGAAAGAGAUUGUAAGAUCCAUACAAAUGUCUAAAGAUGGGCUUCAUGCUGUUCUUUUGGUUCUGUCACUGAAAGGUCGGUUCAGUGAGGAACAAGUUGAAACUGUUGAGACCUUAAAGCAUUUGUUUGGAGACAGAAUUCUUGAUUAUAUGAUUGUCACUUUUACUGGUGGUGAUCAACUUGAAGAAGAUGACACAUUGGAUGAGUUCUUGGGCCGUUCGUGUCCACCAGCUUUACAGGAUCUACUUGAAGACUGUGGAAACAGAAAGAUAGUCUUUAACAACAGAGCAAAGGAUGAGGAGACCAAGGCUCAGCAACGCCAACAACUUCUUGAUUUGAUUGCCAACAUUCUUGUGAAAAAUGGUGGAAAGCCCUACACACAUGAGAUAUAUGAACAAUUCAAGAAGGAAACUGCUAAAAGGGUUUUAACGUCUUCAAAAGAGAAAAUUAAUACACCAUCAGAAGACAAGGAGCUGGAGCAACGCCUCGAAAAAAUGGUUAAGGAGAAGAUGUCGGAAUGUGAGGCUACGAUCAAAAAGUACAAAGAAGAGUUAGAGAAACUUCAAAAAGAGAAUUAUAAGUGCAAUACAGAGCUGCAAAGUGACUAUUAUGGUGAUGAUGAAUCAUGGAAGGAGAUUGAACAUUUGGCUGAUGAUGGGGCACAAACCAAAGUCUUGCCCAACACUAGAAAGAAGAUUACAAAAGAGGAAGGUAGUAGUCAAGCAAGACAAGAUGAAAAUGAUACUGGUAUCUCGGUUUCCAAAACUAAGAGGAAAGAAAAAAAUCAGCUUCUUGAUGGAGAUGAAAAUGAUCCCGCGAUCCUGGUGUCCAGAACUAAGGGGAAAGGAAAAUUUCAGCUUCGUGAUGAAGAUGAAAAUUAUCCUGGUAUUCUGAUGUCCACAACUAAGCGGAAAGGAAAAAAUCAGCUCUGUGAUGGAGAUGGAAAAGAUCCUGCUAUCUCGGUGUCCAGAACUAAGCGGAAAGGGAAAAAUCAUCUUCUUGAUGGAGAUGAAAAUGAUCCCGUUGUCCUGGUGUCUGGAAGUAAGGGGAAAGGAAAAUUUAAGCUUCGUGAUGAAGAUGAAAACAAUCCUGCUAUCCCAUUGUCUAGUACUAAGCAGAAAGAAAUACAAAUUCUUGUUGAAUAUGAUGACGAAGAUUUUCCUAUUAUCCGGGUGUCCAGAACUAGGCAGAAAGGAAAUUUUCAUAUUCUUGAUAAAUAUGAAGGUGAAGAUGUUCUAGUGACCACUGCGGUGGAUGGAGAAGCUCAAAAUGUUGUUGCAAAAGCAAAAGCUUUGCCAUGUGAAUAUUGUCAAAUGCCCUAUCAUCGGACAGCUCAAUGCCCUCAAGAAGAGUUGCCACGUUGGUUAGAGAAAGAAACUUCUCACAAAGAGUAUAGUCAUGCAGCAGACAGUGGUCUUAAACCACGUGUAGACUGCUCGGGGAAUUUAGACAAAGAUGAAUGGAAAGAUCAUAUUGAGGAAUCAUCAAAGGGUAGUGUUCGGCAUCCGGAUGGAUUUGUGAAUACUGUUAUGGGGCAUUUAAACAUGGAGAAUGGGAAAAAAAAUAAUGGUCAACCUGAGGACGCAGGAACCUCCGUCAUUGUACCGAAGGUAGCGUCACAACGCUAUGAAGACCCCAACAAUGCAUCACCCGCAAUGGAAACGGUGUCGAAGCGGCCCCCUACUCGAAAGAAAAAGGGCCGAUGCAGCAAGGUCAGUGAAGAGAAUCUAGGUCCUACUUUUCCCCAGUCCGAGGGAUGCGACGGUGAUAGAGAAGCAGAUGACAUCAGGCCAAGGGGAGAGAAUUUGGGGCAAAACUUGGAGAACAACCCUGACAAUAGCUUCAAACUGGGUGUUGGUUGGUCACGCAAGGCCAGAUAUCGAAUGAACAUUCCUGUCAAAUUUGUGCGACGCCAUGCACUCGAGGCAAAAGAAGCUGCCAGGGUUGAAGGUCCGGUGGAAGCAACAGAUUUCUGGAUAACAACUACAUCGGAUAACCGUGGUUCUACAGUUCAUAAGAAAUUAUCCGGGAACUGGAAGAAGUUGUUUGAAGGCAACCUGAUCCAAGAGAACCAACCUGUGCAGUUAACUGUUGACAUAGCACCUGAUAUGCCAAAUAGUAAGGUCGAUGUAUUCCAAAUGGCCAAACUCUAA